UUGGAAAAUUGUUAUUACAGCUUACAUUAUUAGUAAAAAAUAAUGAUAAUAUUUGAGAAUCUUGGACCAUUAGCGAAGAGGAUUAAGGAAUAUAUAUUUUAUCCAAAAAACAAACAGAGGAAAGGGUAAACUUUCGCUUACGAGCACCUUUUAAAGUUGGACUCUUUCGCUUCUCUUUCAUUUGUUCUUCUUCAGAGGAAAACAAAAAACAGAGCAUUUUUUUUUUUGGUCAAGAGCAUAUUUUGCAAAAAGCAGAGAUUGGAGCCCUUUUUUUUUUUAAUCUAAAAUUCAAACGCAGAGAAGAUGGGAGAAGUAGUAUUGUUCAUAGAUGAAACAUAUUGGAAAUCGAGUUUUAAUCGCUGUAGAAUCUGUCACGAAGAAGAAGCUGAGAGCUACUUUGAAGCUCCUUGUUCUUGUUCAGGAACCAUCAAGUUCGCUCACAGAGAUUGCAUACAACGAUGGUGUGAUGAGAAAGGAAACACAAUUUGUGAAAUUUGUCUCCAGGAGUAUAAACCUGGAUACACCACAACUUCAAAACCAUCUCGAUUGAUUGAAGCAGCAGUCACAAUCAGAGAUAAUUUACACACAGCGAGGAGAGAAAAUGGAGGAAGAAGAAAUAGAAGAUUAGUGAAUAGAGAAGAAUCAGAUUUUCAAGAAUGCAACUCUGGUGUUCAUAGAGGCGCCUCUUGUUGUAGAUUCUUGGCUCUCAUUUUUUCGGUGGUUUUGUUGAUAAAGCAUGCAUUUGAUGCGGUUUAUGGCACCGAAGAGUAUCCCUAUACAAUAUUCACUGUAUUAACAUUGAAGGCCAUAGGCAUACUAUUGCCAAUGCUCGUUAUCAUUCGAACCAUCGCAGCUAUUCAGAGGAGUCUCCGAUAUCAAAUUCUCGAAUCUGAAGAAGAUACAUUGAGCUCUGAAGAAGAAGAUCAUGGUUUGGAGGAGGAAGAGCAACAACAACAUUUGGCUUGAACUUUUUUUUGUUUUUUUUCAUUUUGUUCAAACCUUUAUUCAGAAAAUAUGUAAUGUACCCCCACAAAAUAGGAAUAUGUAACCCUUAGCAAAUGUAUAUUAUGUUAAGGACUAUAUGUAGAUGUUAAUCAAAUAUUUAAACAUAAAUAUAGGAUGAAAUGUUCAUGGAAA